GUUAACGGCAUAAUUUUAAUAUGCUUAAUAAUUAAAAUAGCAAUUACAAAAUACCGUACGCUCCGUAUAAUUGUAUUUAAAAAAAAGCAAAUAAAUAAAAUUUUAAUUAUUGCUUUAUUGGAAAUUAAUAACUUUUUGCAACGAAAGCGCGUUGCAAAUACCCAUAUAAAACAAAAAAAAAGCAAUGUCCGUUUUGGAAAUAAAUUUAUUAAAAUUAAAAACAUUGCGGCGGCGCUUGUUGCGCGCUUUACGUUUUUUUUUAACGGCGGUUUUUUUGCCGCAGCGGUUAAAGCCCGCCGGGGGGUUACUAGCAAAACGCUUACGGGAAUUUAA